UUUUUUUUUAUUUUUCUUUUUUUUUAUCUUUCUUUUUUUUUAACUUUUUUUAUUUUUUUUUAUUCACUCCCUUUUUUACAUACACUCCUUUAUAUAUUAUGACGAUACCAACUGUAGUCUAUGCAAUACAUGAUUUUGAGGCUGAAAAUGAAGACGAAAUAAAUUUUCUAGCUGGAGAACCAAUCACAGUUCUUGAAAAGGAUGAAAAGUACUUGGAUGGAUGGUGGCAGGUUUGGACGAAAUAAGAAUGGAGAAACUGGUCUUUUUCCAAUGAAUUAUACAUCAACUGAAAAGUCUACAGCAAUAAUUGAAGAGAAAGUAGAGAAUUGGGACAUGGAGCAAGUAGCAGAGUGGUUAACGUCAGUAGGAUUGGCUUCAGUAGCUAUCAACUUUAUUGAUCAAGAAAUUAGUGGUGAUAUUUUACUUGAUUUAAAUAUUGAAUCAUUGAAAGAAUUAGGUAUUAGUACGUUUGGUAAACGAUACAAAGUGAUGCAAGCUAUCAACAGUCUAAAAGAAGAUCAUAAUAUCGUAAAGCCUACUCCUAAUGCAUCUGUUUCAGCAACUGUUAUUAGACCACCAACUAGUAGAUCAUCCAUAAGACGCUCAAAUUCUCAAUCAGAUUCAGCUACACCGUAUCAGUUUCCACGAAAGGCUCCACCUCCACCUCAUCGACCUAUCUCACCCACAAGUAUGUCAUCAGGUAGUAUGAGUCGGUCCAACACAUUAUCGUCAUCAGGAACAAAUGAAUCAAGAAAAAUCAAUAAUUACCCCAGUAGUACAUUGAGCAGCAGUACAACACAGAACACUAGCAGCAGUAUCAAUAGUCAGCCAAUAAAGACGGAUUGGAGUGAUACAUCUUCAGGUAUUCAUCCUUUAAUGAGUCCAAUACAAACUGCUAAAUCGCAUACACUGUCAGUCUCCUCCUUUAAUGAUAAUACAGAAUCAACCACAUUCCAAGCUCCUGAACAUGAGGGAUGGCUUCAUAAGCAAAGCGAUAAAUAUAAAACAUGGAAUAAACGCUGGUUUGUUCUAAAGGGUACUAAUCUUUUUUACUUUAAGAGUCCUAAAGAUGUUCGAAUGAAAGGUAUUAUCAAUUUACGAGGCUAUAAGAUAAUAGUAGACGAAACAAUUCAUACAGGCAAAUAUUGCUUUAAAGCGCAACACGACAGAGAACGCACGUUUUUGUUUUAUACAGAAACUGAAGAAACAAUGCGAGUAUGGAUCAAGAAGUUAAUGAAAGCUACUAUUGAGCGAGAUUUCCGAGCACCAGUCAUGUCAUCAAAUCAUAUGGCGACAGUAUCAUUAGAUGUUGCACGUCGUAUGAGACCAAGGCCUCCCUCAGUUAUUAUGUAUAAUAAAAAUCAACCAAUAAUAAAACCAUCGGUAGAAAUGACAAUGUUAGAAGAAGAAGAAAUUGAACAGCACCAAGAGGAAUCUGAGAUUGUUACAGUGUAUCCUCAAUCUUCAUCAAAGUAUUCUACUACAUCACCUCCGCCACCACAACAUCUUGACGAGGAAGAGGAUUUAAUUGACCCACAGCAUCAGAGCCUUCCACCUAAUGAAGCUCAGGAUUAUAUAAAUUGGAUUAAUGGUUAUUUACCAGCUAAUAGACAAGUGAUUGAUUUAGCUAGCGCCUUUCGUAAUGGUGAUGCGUUGAUAGAGCUAUUAGAAGCCAUUAGUCAUAAGCAAAUACGUCGUCCAUCACAACAAAAAGGUGGCUCAUUAUCAGUUAUGAUGCUUGAUAAUAUCGUAGCAGCCUUUAAAUUCAUGGGACGUGAGGGAGUGCAAGUGGAUGGUCAAUAUACAAUUAAAGAUGUAUUUAGUGGAAAUGAAAUAAAGAUUAUGAUCAUGUUAGAUGCUAUCAGAGUGUGGGCAAAUGAGAUACAAGGACAAGAUAUGUCAAAAAAGAAUGGAGUUUGGAUUGAUAAGGAGAGUGGUUGGAGAGGAUCAGCCAUGAUGGAUCAGCGAUACAAUUAUAGCAAUUAAGUUCGUGUGUACAGUAAAUAGAAAAAAAGCAUAUCAACAUUCGUUUAUUUAUUAUUAUUAUUAUUAUCAUUCCUUAUAUAUUUACAUUCAUAUAUGUUUAAUAAAGUUACAUGAAUAUUAUAUUAAGCUAACUUCUAUUAAAAUAAAAAGCCUAUGAAUACUACAUGUAGGAUAAACAAACAACAUUUCCAGUAAUAAGAC